CAUCUUGCACCUCAAUCGCCAUGUCUCGUGGAUACAGUGGACGUAGUGAUAGGAAUGCGGCGUCUCCUGCGCAACCUCGAUCUUAUAUCGAAGAUUUAUCCGAGUACACUUCCGCCUCGGGACCAUACUCAUGCCCUUCUAACACGGAUAGAAGCGACCCGAAUGCGUCCGGAAAAGGCAGAAACUACAAUAUUUACCCAAACGUUAUGAUGCCCAUGAUGUUACCGAUCGACAAGCCCGUUUAUGCAUACAACGGUGAUCCACCCAUCACAAACACAGGAGAUAUUCUUGCACGCAUCAUAGCUAGAGGAAUGUUCUCAGCCAGAUAUGUUCCGCACCUGAUUUACUCCUCUCCCGCUCUUCGCUGUCUUCAAACGGCUAACGCGAUUCGGUCGAUCUUGAAGUGCGAAGCAAAAAUCAGAGUUGAACCAGCUCUGUUCGAGAAUAUGUGGCUGUAUCCAAAUGGGUUGCCGGAUCUUCCUUCACCUGGUCAGCGAGCACAGUUUCAUGUGGAUGAAGGAUACAGACCAUACAUGCAAAUAUCGGAUCUGCUGAAAGGUCAGGAGACGCCUGCAGACUAUAAUCAGCGCAUAAGAAACAUUCUUAUGCAUAUUGCAAGGAUUCAUGAAGUCAGCCCUGUCAAGAAAGACCAAAUUGUACUAAUUGUGGCACAUGCUUCAACUGUCGAUCUCGCAGCAGGUCAUUUAGCACGCCAUCGAAAAUCGUCUGCAGAGGAGAUCGAGCAAAGUCGUGAGAGAAUUCCUUGUGGGAGCCUGCUGAUUUUGGAAAGAGUGCAGGGUCGUCGGGGAUGGACUCCCAAUCUUUAUGCAAUUCCGAAAAUGUCCUAUGCUGAUCAAAGCACAGAGUUCGACUCCACUUUCGUCCUGAGAGAGCCAGUCAAAGUUCAAAAGUAAUGCAGAGUAAUCACGAUACAAAUGUGUAAAUUUGCGACGAAUUUGACUUCUGCAUCGAUAAUCUUCACUUUUGGUGUAGAGUAUGGUAAUGGUAAUAAAUAUGGUGGAAGU